AAAUAUUCUGAACAGUUAGUGCGCACGCUUAGCGGCGACAACAUCAGCCAAAUCAUAAUCGAACGUCGCGCUUAGCAGUUGUGAUAAGCCGAGCAGACAGAGGCACUGAGUCAAUAAAUUAUCAUCAGCAGAUUGUGAAACGAGCGAAAUUUAACAGAAAAUAAAUAACGCGAGUGCGCAAUUGGAACAGAAGAGAAACAGCAUUUUCGAGUGUGUUCAGGAUAAGCAACUGGCAAUAAAAAUAAGAUAUACAUAUAUAUUUAAAUAUAGUUGAAACACAACAAAACAUGUGCUCGUUAAAGCAACAAUUUUACACCCUGGCCGUGGCCCUGGGCGUUGUUUGCCUGGCGACAGCGAUGCCCCAAGAUCCGCAACAGCUGCAGGAUGGGCCCCACACGCUGCUAGACAUCGAGACGCCCAAUCAGUUCAGCUACAACUCGCCGCUGGCCCAGCCAGACAGUCUGCGCUCCAAGCCGUACUUUGAUUUCCUCAGCACGCUCUACGCACACGAUUCGGCCAAGACGAAUCUGUUUAAGAACCGGCCACAGCGCUCGGUGCCCUCCGAGUCAGUGGCAGAGCCACAGCCGGUGGCCGUGGCAGCUGCCGAUCAGCCCAAGAGCCGUCGUCGGGAUCGCAAGCGUCGCGCCAUCGUCUUUCGCCCGCUGUUCGUCUAUCAGCAGCGCGAGAUCAAGAAGAAGGAGAUCGCAGCCAGGAGACGCAGCGAUGAGGCGCAACGUCGCAACUACCUGGAGUACUACAAGCGCUACUAGUCCAGCAUCGAGCACUCUGAAAAUCUAUUCUAAUCUAAUCUAAUCUAAUCUAAUCUAAUCAACAACCAUGCGCAAUCCACAUGCAACAUGCAGCAAUGGCUAUGGCUGUCACUGGUCUUCUACAGGGUCCUCUCUAGCACUUAGCUUUUAAUAAUUGUGUUUUAGCUCUAAGUCAAGUCGAGUCUAGCACAACGCACUGCACUCAACACGAAUCGACUACCUAAAUCUAUAUCUAUAUAUCUCUAAUCCUUAAUCUACAUUAUAAUUAUAUAAUCGCACACACCCACACCCACACCCACACACACACACACAAACACGCAUUCGCACAUCCCCUCCCAAUCAAUAUGUUAAGUGAUCGUA